AUGAAGACGCAGCAGGAUGCUGCGCGCCUGCAAGAAAAGAAGAAGAAGAAAAGCCAAAAGCCAGAGAAAAAGCAGCCAAGCGAGAAGAAAAGAAAGAGAAGCAGAAAGGAGGCAAGUGAAGAAGAGAGAAAGCAUGAGCUAGCUCUCAAGGAGAAGGAACGCGAAAUCAAGUGGGAGAAGGCCCGUAAGGAGAGUAUCUUAGCUCAAGCCACUCUGCCAGCUUCCAGCCUUGCACCCACUGUCUCUCACAGUCCCGCCAUCUCUGGUCAGCCUCUUACCAUUUUACCGCCUACCUCCUCCCUUUUGGAAGAGGUAAGCCCACCAGUUAACCCCGAACUUGUUUUCGAGGGUGAUUCAAUGGAGGACUCAUUCACCUCCCCACAUCAAAUCCCUGCUAGGGAGGACUCUUCACCUGUGCCAGAGCACACUGCCAGCCUUGGUGACUCCACAGAUUCGCAACCUGUGGGGCCAUCUCGGCCUUACCGUCCAGUGCCACGGGAAGAGGGCUUAGCCUUCCACAAGAGACAGGAGCCUCUGUCUCGCAUUACCAAGGGCCCCGCCCUGAGAGGUAUUGCACCUCCGGUACCCGCCACAGGCUCUGCUUUUCCCUCUCCUGACGCUGCUUCUGCCUUGCCUCUCCCAAUCCAGGUAACCGCUGCCCCAGGAGAGUCUGGUUACGGUGCCCAAUCUACGCCCUCGGAUGAAGGACUUCCUGCAACGUUGCAACAACCUCUGCUUAGAUCCAACAGAAUUGCAGCCAGAAGGAUUGAUAGGGGAGAGAAAAAUACUUCAGCCUUCCGAGUACAAAAGAAGAAGAAGAAGAAGGAAGAAGAAGAAGAAGAAGAAGAAGAAGAAGGCGACGAGUCUGAGCCCAAAACUGACGUGGAUUUUGAUCUUUGUAACUCAGCCUCUCCAGUAGUCUCAUCUACAUGUUCAUCGCCACUCUCUGGCGAGAUCCUGUCGAAGCUCACAUCCAGAGAUGAACCACGAGAGUCUUUUGAACAAUAG